UCACAUCCCAAUACUGUCAGUACACAUUCUUUACUCUGGAGCACGAGCACAUACAUCAAUUUCUGUGUAAAAUAAUAAUACAAGAUGUGGAAAAUAAUCCUUCUUUUCACUUUCUUGGGUGUUAGUCACGCAAACAUACGAAAUAUCUAUGGAGACUGGACAAUGGUAGCAUUUUACCCAAUGGCCUCACACCAACCUGCCUGCAUUCGUUUCUCGUUCACUAAGAGUCCUGUGAACGUGAAAUGUUCAUACGCUGAUGGAAGAAGAGCAAACUCCGUACAAGUGUCGAUGACCUCGGAGAAAGGAGAAUUGUUGGAGCGAUACUCCAUGCCGAUGAGAGUUGUGGACACUCCCGAAGAAGUGAUGCCAAGUCUAGAGAUUGGAUGCAAGUGUGGAAACGAGGAAGUCAAUGACCAUGCAGUUGUAAGAAUAAUAAACGAUAACUACUUCAUAAUGUUCCACUAUAUCACUAAAGAAUCUUCUAGAACUGAGACAGAACCGAACGCUGCUUACGUGUUUGCGAAGGAGGUCGAGCCACAGAGGAAAUUAUCUAAGUUCAUGUCUAAUGUUGAUGACUUGAAAGGAAGAAAAGGAGCAAUGAUGUGUUACACGGAAAAUUUUAACGGAUAUGGUGAUGAAAAUGAAAUCUAGAGACUUGUUGUUCAAUAAAGUGAAAUGCUUUUGUGCAGUGUGAGGUGUGUGUAAAUAUAUUCAGAAUCGUUAGUGCUAUGUUCUUCUGAUAAAUGGCACAGCUGUUCAACAAGUACAGUAUCAAGCUAUUCGCGCAUGUCAUUUGUAAUCUAACUUAAAAUAUAUGGAAAAUAUUAUAUUAUAUUUCCAAAAACAAUUCUUACUAAUUUUCUAUUAACAUGCUAAAGCAAAAAUUGUGUUACGUUCAUUAUUUGGCCACC